CGCAGUGGAUCUCGCUGCAAGAGGCAAGUUCAACGUCUGUGUUGUCCGCAUACAUAUCUAGUCGAUUCAUGUGCCACCCUUUCUGGUACAUCUGAUUUGACGCCCGACCAUUUGGCUAACUCUAAAUCGUGCGUGAACCUUGUCAAUGAGAGACGGGCUCGAUGGGUUCGACAUUGAAUGCAAUCAACCCGUCGGAGGGAAUCUCAAAGCUCGAGGACCUUUCGGCCGGGAGCGAAAUAUAAAGCCAGCAUGUCUUCUCCAGGGAGGACCGACUAUUGGACCAGAUCAAUUCAUCCUCGACAUCCACCAUCCAGCUUCCUCCUCAUCUUCACAGUCCAGAAUUACACAAGUCUCGCUGGCUGUCAUCGAAACUCUAUCCUCGCUUCCGCAAGCCUAUUCAGCUGAGCAUCAUUACCGGACAAACUACACCUCCUUGCUUCUAUAUACGCAUCCCGCUGCCCCACCGACUCUUCAAUAUCACCAUAUCUCGUUGGCCAGAAGCACAACUCUUGCUCGAAAUCAUAUCACCAGAACUCGAAGGCCAUCUGUUAGACAACAACGUCAACAUCAACUACCAGAAGAAGACCGUUACUUCAAUCUACGACGAUCAGCAAGAAUUGCUCAACGACAUCAAGACCAGCAAACAGAAUCACAAAACAUAAGCAACCACUCCACAUCUACAAUGGCAGACGUUGCACGCCGCACAUACGCUCGCAAUGACCACGGUCCUCGCAGUGUCGACAGCGAGUCGCACUGAUAUCGCAGGCUUGAGCAGAGAGCAAAGACAUCGAGUUGUGGGAGUCGUGGGGUUCGAAGGCUUGUGUGUUAGACAAGAGGGAGCGUUUCGGAUAAGGGUCACGCUGGCGAGGAUGGUAGGGGAGGUUUUGGAGGCUGUGGCUGAGGUUGAUAGUGCGGUUUUUGGGUGUAGGGUGGGAAGGUGUUAGGAUG